AUGUGGCAGAUCGCCGUGUUGGCACGUUUCGAGGUGCUCCAGUCGUUGCUGUCCAGCCACGAGCGCGAGAACGUCAAGUCUGCAGUAUUCGAGCUCCACGGAGUCACUCGCGUCAAUGCUGAGAUCCGCGAAGAAGUAUCCGCAGCCAACGAUCGUGAGGAGACGAGAGAUGCACUCACCGCUACUCGUGACGAUAACUCGGCACAUCUUGAGCGGUGGAAGAAGUGGAAGCUCGAAGGCGAGAAGAUCGACAAACUCACGUCCACCGCUGCAACCGCAGCGCUGCAACUACUGGAGACGCGUGUGACCAACCUGCGCUUCUUCGCUCGGGGGAAGCGCGGCGUCUUGUACGCUGGGGAGACGUGCUCGGGCUGUGAGCCAGUGGUGGCGAAACUGGCAGCCAGUGCGUCUUGUACUGCCUCAGUGACGCUGGAAGCGCAAUGGCUUCGUGUGGUGAACCGCAUGGGACUUGGCCCGAAGCUGCUGGACGCAGGAGCUGGUUGGUUCUUGUGCGAACGACUGCAGGGCAAGAACGUGGUGGAGUUCCUCGCCCAAGCCGAUGAAGCGGUUUCUCCAGCGAACGCCGUCUGGGUCGUCCGUGAGAUGCUGUGCCAGUGCUUUGCCAUGGACCUCCUGGGCGUGAACAAGGACGAGAUGACGCACCCGCAUCGCCACGUGAUCGUGCAUCGCUCCAGCCAGCAGCAGCAGCAGCAGCAGCUGAACACGUGGCGCUGCACGUUCGUGGACUUUGAAAAGUGCUCGUUGACCAGGAAACCCAAGAACGUCACGCAGCUCUGUCAGUUCCUGAGCUCUCCGCGUAUGGUCGCCCUGCUGCAGCGCAAACGCGUCACCGUGGACGUCUCGAGGCUACGGCAGUGCAGUAAGCGCUACAAGCACAGCCAGUCGACGUCCACCUUUGGCGCCAUCAUGCGCGUCUUUGGCCUGUAG